UUUCAACAAAAAGAGAACAUAAUUUUGUAUUUUUUUAAAAGCACAUGGCCAAACAGUCCCUAAUUAAUUAGGCACUGUCUUUCUCAGUUAUUUAAAUUAGUACAUAAAGAGUUUUUUUUUUUUUUUUUUUUCUUCUGACCGGUGGCUUAGACUCCAUUAGGAAUCCUCCAUCUGCCUCUCUUACAUUUGAAAACACCGACAGAUCAUAGUGAAUGUUUGAAAAGCUUGAGAUCAACAACAGAGAUGGAGAAGGAAACGAGAACCUACAAAGCUCACGUUUUGGUACUACCCUACCCUACCCAAGGGCACUUAAAUCCCAUGCUCCAAUUCUCCAAGCGUCUAAUCUCUAAAGGACUCAAAGUCACUCUAGCAACCACUAUUUUUGUUUUCAAUUCCAAACAUGCGCAGGACCCCCCGAGCAACUCGAUCGAUGUGGAGACCAUUUCCGACGGUCACGACACCUGCGGCCGAGCAGGGGCCAAGAGCAUCAAGUACUACCUCACAACUUUCCAAGAGAUAGGCUCGAGGACUCUGGCCGAUCUAAUUACAAGACUCCGUGAUUCGGGUCGCCCUGUGGAUGCACUGGUUUACGAUUCUUUCUUGCCUUGGGCACUCGAUGUAGCGAAGCGGUUUGACCUUGUCGGAGCAGUGUUCUUCACUCAGUCUUGUGCCGUAAACAGUAUAUAUUACCAUAUUCAUAAAGGUCUUCUUCAGCUUCCGUUACCUGGUCCAAAAUUUUCACUUCCUGGUUUGCCUUCCCUUGAACCUUUUGAAGCUCCAUCUUUUGUUUAUGCUCCGGAAUCAUACCCAGCUUUUUAUGAUAUGGUGCUUGGUCAGUUCUAUAAUAUAGAUGACGCGGAUUGGGUACUUUAUAACACCUUCUACGAAUUGGAGAAAGAGGUUGCGGAAUGGAUGGAAAAGCUAUGGCCAUUAAGGACCAUAGGUCCCACAAUUCCAUCAAUGUACUUGGACAAAAGACUUGAAAAUGAUAAGGAUUAUAGCAUCAAUCUCUUUAAGCCCAAUAAUGGAGCUUGUAUGAGAUGGUUAAGGGCAAAGCCAAAAGGUUCAGUCAUCUAUGUUUCAUUUGGGAGCCUUGCGGCACUAGAAGAAGAGCAAAUGAUAGAACUAGCUUGGGGUUUAAAGGGAACAAAUUACUACUUUCUAUGGAUUGUUAGAGCACAAGAAGAGGACAAAUUGCCCAACAAGUUCAAGGAAGAGAUAUCGGAGAAGGGUUUAGUGAUAAGCUGGUGUUCACAGCUUGAGGUUCUUGCUCAUGAAUCUGUAGGAUGCUUUGUCACGCAUUGUGGGUUCAAUUCCACUCUCGAGGCACUGAGUUUGGGAGUUCCAAUGGUGGCCAUGCCACAAUGGACCGACCAGAGAACCAAUGCAAAGUAUGUGGAAGAUGUUUGGGAAGUGGGAAAAAGAGCACGGCCAGACGAGAAAGGAGUUGUGAGAAGGGAAGUGAUAGAGUUAUGCAUAAGGGAUGUGAUGGAGGAAAGAAAAGGAAAACAGAUGAAGAAAAAUGCGUGGAGGGAUAUGGCCAAAGAUGCGGUUAGUGAAGGUGGUAGUUCGGAUAACAACAUUGAUGAAUUUGUGAGCAAGCUAGCAGCUUCGUCCAAGUGUUAUACUAAAUUACAGGCCUCGUUUGGUGCACCACAUUGACUGGCACUAUCAUUUGAGAUUGUAUUAGAUAAUAUUGUACUUUGUUUGGCAACUGCUAUAGUAAUUCAUCCACUGAGAAUACAACUUUUGUGUCCUGGAUUCAAACUUUAAUCCAGAAUAAAAUAAAAAAAUCCCCCCUCCUCCAAUAUUAUAAUCACAUAGAAAAAACAAAAAACAAAAAUUGGCAUCA